AUGCAAUUCCCUAACGGCAUUGAGAAGAUAUUCACCAACACUAAACGCAAGAGUUCCCCAUUCGACAUAUAUCGCAGAUACGACAAUUAUUCCAGAAGCGACGGCUCUUCCAGUAGCGAUAGCUCUUCCGAAAGCUAUGGCUCCUCCGAAAGUGAUGACCAUUCAAAAAGCGUCGACGAUGCAUCCUCAUGGGCAGAGUCUGCGGUUAGCGAAGUGAACCCAGAGGACGUUGACGACGAUUCGCCAUCUAGACUGGAAUGGCUGAGGCAGAAGAGAGAAGACAACGAGAAGAACCCUCAUCUUGACCAACUGAUGUCGCUAGUUGGUCUGGAGAAUGUGAAGGCUCACUUUCUUGCCGUCAAGGCCAGGGUCAAGGAGAGUAAGGAGAGUGACCCGGGCCUGUCAAAGUUGCGGCUUCAUCUAGUUCUUCACGGGAAGGACGGAACAGGCAAGAAAACCAUAGCAAAACUCUACGCACAAUUUCUCCUCUCUAUAGGAGCCGUGAAUAGCCAGGUCUUUUCCAAGAAGCCGACCGCCAAGCGAAGACCAUAUAGGCCUCGUUAUAGAAAGUCAUCCCCAAAACCACCCAAGCACAGUGAAUACUACGAUUCUUCCGAUAGUGACGACAGCAGCUCAUAUAGCCCUUGGAACGAUCGCUUCUCAUACCAUACACAGAGCUCUCAAACAGCAGAUUUUCCACGACGAGAACUGGAAGACGGAGACUACCUCAAUAAGCUUGCCGACUCGAUAAAUGGCCAGAAAAAGGUCCUCAAGUCAGAGGACCUUUUAGGUACUGAGCCGAAGGAUCUGCGAAAUGACAACGAGCCGUGGAAAAAGCUUCAGGAUAUGAUUGGGCUCGAAAAGGUCAAGAGCGAAUGCGGCGACAUCAUCGACUAUGCCCAGAUCAACUACCGCCGAGAGCUGCAAGGGAUGGAACCUCUCAAGAUUGGUCUUAACCGAGUGUUUCUCGGACCGCCUGGCGUAGGUAAAACGACGGUUGCGCAGCUUUACGGCCAGAUCCUCAUUGAUCUCGGUCUCGUCUCUGGAAAGAAAAUCAUGUUGCGAAACCCAUCCCACUUGAUCGGCGCCUACAUAGGGCAUUCCGAGAUGAAGACAAUGGACGUCUUGAAGGAAGCCCGAGGGAAUGUGCUGAUCAUUGAUGAUGCACAUAUGCUCUAUCCCGGAGCCCAGGAUGCCGGCCACAAGACGGACGUCUUUCGCAUCGCUGUCCUUGACACUAUCGUCGCGAAUGUGUCCGCCGAACCAGAGGACAGGUGCAUCAUCCUGGUUGGCUACGACCAUGAAAUGGGCCAACUGUUCAACAACAGUAACCCUGGGCUCCAGCGACGCUUUCCCAAGGAUACUGCCUUGCGAUUCGACGCCUACAGCGAGGAUGAGCUUUGCCAGAUCAUGGAUCUGGAAGUAGACAAAAGUGGACUCCAGAUGUCAAAGGACGCUGCGGCAGUGUCUAGACAAGUCCUGAGCCGCAUGCGUAUCAACCCAAAGUUUGGGAACGCGGGCGACGUUGAGAAUCUACUCAACCAGGCAAAGGUCCGCAUCAACGCACGAAUCACGUCCGCAUCCCGCGAAUCAGGGUCUGUAGAUGUUGUCAUAGAGCCUAGCGACAUCGAUCCGCACUGGGACCGAGAAUCACAAGCUGGAGAAAGUCGCGCUACGCUCUUUGAAGGCUUCGUCGGGUUCAACAGGAUCGUUGAGCAAUUUGAAGGCUAUCAGCACCUAGUUGCUGGCAUGCGGCUUUACGACAUCGACCCCAGACCUCACGUCCCCUGGUCCUUCAUUUUCAAGGGGCCACCAGGCACUGGUAAGACUUCAACCGCACGAAAAGUUGGGCGGUUAUACUAUGAUAUGGGCCUACUUUCCACGGACGAGGUUGUGACCUGUUCGGUCAGUGAUCUUGUUGGAAAGCACGUGGGAGAAACAGGACCAAAAGUCCUCAACACUCUCGAGACUGGCCUCGGAAAGGUCUUGUUCAUCGACGAAGCCUACCGACUUGCCAACGAUUCCAAGUUCCAUGUAGAGGCUAUCGGCGAGCUAGUCGAUGCAAUGACCCAAGUGCGCUACAGAAACAACAUGGUUAUAAUCUUGGCAGGAUAUACCGUCGAGAUGGACUUUCUCCUUCAGGUCAAUCCUGGGUUGCGUAGUAGAUUCCCGGAACAGAUUGUAUUCCAGCCGAUGAGCUCACACGCGUGUCUUAGGCAUCUGAGAGAAGAGGUCUCGAAGCUCAAGGUCAACAUUAUGGGAGCAAGAGGAGCAAAUGACGACAAAUUGGAGACGGUCUAUCGUCUUUUCAAGAAGCUUGGCCUGACGAAGGGAUGGGCCAGUGGCCGAGAUGUUGAGACUUUGGCCAAGACCAUCAUAGGCAACGCUUACAAGCGGGCGGGCAGGACAAAGAAGAAGCUAGAUACGGGCUCGCUGCAAGUCACCCUGGAAGAAGUGAUCGAAGCUCAAAAAGGGAUGCUGGCGGAACGCCUGGGACGAAUGAGUAAUGAGGCAGAGGAUUAG